UUUUUUCAACUUGACAUGGAGUGGACUCCGAUGAAAUCAAAGCCGGAUUUGUCAUCAUCUCUUCGUAGUAACUAUUUGAAACUCAAGUACUCUCAAGCUUUGUGGGUCUCUCUCAAGUCCUGUUAUUACAGAAAACUGGUCUUACGGAGGACAAUGGAAUCAUCACCACAAACAGUGAGCUUCGGAAAAUCUAUUAUAGUACCGAGUGUUCAAAAGCUGGCCGAAGAAUCUCUGCUCACCAUCCCACCUCGCUAUGUAAGAUCUGAUCAGGACCCUCCAACUAUUUCCGAUGAAAGCUCGUUGCUUUCCUCGGUUCCAGUCAUAGAUCUUGAAAAAUUGGCCUUUGGAGAUUCCAUGGAUUCUGAGUUGGAGAGCUUGCAUUCUGCUUGCAGAGAAUGGGGUUUCUUCCAGGUAGUGAACCAUGGAUUGAGCACUGAUUUUCUGGAGGAAGUCAAGUUGGAAAUCGAGAGUUUCUUCGGACUUCCUUACGAACAGAAGAAGCAGCUGUGGCAAAAGCCAGACAACCAAGAAGGUUUCGGACAGCUUUUUGUGGUAUCAGAGGAGCAGAAGCUAGACUGGUCAGACAUGUUUGGCAUUACUACCCUGCCUUUCAAUCUCAGGAACAACGACCUCUUUGACAAACUCCCUCCAAAGCUUAGAGGUAUUCUGGAAACUUAUGCAAGUGAAAUGAAGAAGCUAGCCUUGGUAAUUCUGGGUCACAUGGCAAAAGCUUUAAAUAUGAAAGCUGAGGAGAUGAGUGAGCUAUUCAAUGAUGGUGUUCAAUCAAUGAGGAUGAAUUACUAUCCUCCAUGUCCCGAACCAGAGAAGGCCAUUGGUUUAACUCCUCAUUCGGAUGCUGAUGCUUUAACCAUUGUGUUUCAGCUCAAUGAAACUGAAGGACUGCAAAUCCGGAAGGAAGGGAGAUGGGUUCCUGUUAAACCACUUCCAAAUGCUUUCAUUGUCAACAUUGGAGACAUCAUGGAGAUUGUGAGCAAUGGGAUUUAUCGAAGCAUUGAGCAUAGGGCAACGGUGAAUUCAACAAGAAAGAGGCUUUCAAUUGCAACGUUCUAUUGUUCAAAUCUAGGAUCAGUGCUAGGCCCUGCAGCUAGCCUCACUGGCCCUCAGAAUCCAGCAAUCUUUAAGCAAGUCCCACUGGAGAAGUACUUGAAGGAAUUUUUUGCCCGAAAAGUGUAUGGCAAGUCAUAUCUUGAAGCCAUGAGAAUAGAAGACGGGGAAAACAACAUCUGAAUGUACUCAUACAAUAAACCUGAGUUUAGCUACUGUAGUGCAAAUGCAAGUCCAUAUAAUGAAUUUUAUUUUCUGCAAUGAAAAUGGGUAUUGGCUGAUUUAUUACAUC